UGUACUUCCGUGUUGUUGUUUGGCUUCGGAAAAUAGCGGGUAAAUGUUGGCGUUGAUAAAGAAGCUACCAGUCAUUUAGCAAGGAGACAGUGAGCUGUUUUUCUGUUUUGUCGGGUUCAGUAAAGCACUAAACCAUAGCGGUGAAAUGGCGUGUAAAAGAGGAGCUCUCAUCGUGCUGGAGGGAGUAGAUAAAGCCGGGAAAACGACGCAGUGCAAGAAGCUGGUUCAGGCGCUACAGCAGAGCGGUAGACCGGCGGAGAUGAUGAGAUUUCCCGACAGGACAACGACAAUCGGACAGCUGAUCAGCGCCUACCUGGAGAAAAAGAGUGAUCUGGAGGACCACACAGUUCAUCUGCUCUUCUCUGCAAACCGAUGGGAACUAGUGCCUCUGAUGAAGAAGAAGCUGGAGCAAGGCACCACUCUGGUUGUUGACCGGUACGCCUUCUCUGGGGUUGCUUUCACAAGUGCAAAGCCGGGUUUCAGCCUGGACUGGUGCAAGAACCCUGACGUGGGUCUGCCAAAGCCAGACCUUGUCAUGUUUCUCCAGCUCAGUCCUGCAGAGGCGGCUCUCAGAGGCCAGUUUGGAGAGGAGAGAUAUGAAACCAGGACUUUCCAAAAAACAGUCCAACAGAAGUUUGAAUACCUGAUGAAGGAUCCCUCAGUCAGCUGGCAGGUAAUAGAUGCUUCUCAGAGUGUUGAGGACGUGCACAAGGACAUCACAACUCGCAGCCUAAAUGCCAUCAACACAGCCCAGAACCUGCCACUGGGAGAGCUUUGGAAGUGAAUGUGACCAAAUCAGAGACCAAACUGCUGCUUUUAGACAGAGCAUCUGUGUAGUGACUAAAUGACUGGUCUAAAAACGACACCUUUUUUUGCACUGCAGUUUUAUUUGUCCUUGACUGAUAAAUGCAAAAGUGAACAUCCUUGACUGUUACUAAAGUAAAAUUUCUAGAAAAUCGAGGAGAACGAGGGUCAAAUAUUAGAUUCUGAUUUUAUUUUUGAUUCUCUUACAUGUCUAUUGUUCUUUCACCUGUCUAUACAGCGUAUUGAUUAAAUAAAUAAUCUUCAAAUGAA